AAAACGAAACACACACACUCAGCAACGAAGAAGAAAAGGCAGAAGAAGUAGUACGUUCUACUGGCCGUGGUGUUGGUCGUACCCGUGUCUCUCUCUCGGUGCCUGAUAAAUCAGUCGUUUUGGCAGCGAAAUUACGUACGGUACCAGUCGCAAAUCCGGUGCCCGUUCGUUCUCCGCCCACCGUCCGGGGACACUGGCGGUGUUGUGUGGGUCCGUCGUACACGGAUUGCCACGCUACCCGUACGCGUUCGGUUUGAGGCCACUGCUAGUUGGCCAGUGGAGGGCCUUGGAACGGACGAGACGACAACGACACAAGAAGAAGUAGGCCUACCUGCCUUGUGCACGUCCCCGUUUGCGUUCGCAGCUACCGUGUUCCGUGUACGUUCGCCACGGAAAAAAAGUGCCUCCAAACGUCCGUGCCACUUGCGCAUCAACCGUGUGAAUGUCGUCUGGCAUCGGUGUUGGCAGUCUGUUCGGUUGCUGUAGACUGGUGGGCCGUUGUCUACGGGCUGCUGUGUGAUUCGCGUUUUGCAAACCGACCUGUACGGACGGAGCCGAUAGGAGAGGAGCCGACCCGUGCCUCGUUCUCCACACACACAAACACACCCACACGCAACAUGUUUAACAAUUACGGUAACACGAUGGCGACGGAUCCGUUCCGGAAGGUGGAACAGUACUCACCGAAAUCGUCGCCCCGUGCUGGAGGGGCCGGGGGCCGAUCGCCCGUUGUCGCCCGUCAGGAUUCCUCCGGCACGCUAAAGACCACGAUCCAGCUAGGGAAAAACCCGUCGAUACUCCACAGUGGACCGUUUUACUUAAUGAAGGAACCACCGGGGGAAGGCGAACUGACCGGAGCCACGAAUCUGAUGGCACACUAUGGUUUAGAGCAUUCGUAUAGUAAAUUUAGUGGUAAAAAGGUUAAGGAACAGCUAUCAUCAUUUCUCCCGAAUUUACCUGGUGUCAUCGAUGGACCGGGACACCUCGAUAAUAGUUCCCUGCGAAGUGUGAUCGAAAAACCACCGAUCGUGGGCAAAGAACUGCUUCCACUCACCAGCGUACAGCUCGCCGGAUUCCGUCUCCAUCCCGGACCGCUUCCGGAGCAGUACAAACACUUAAAAACGGCACCAACUAGAAAGCAUAAGAAUAAGCAUAAGAAACACAAACACAAGGAUGGCGUGGCGCCACCGGAAAGCCAGUCCGCCCUGGAAGCGGCCGGGCUGCUCGAUACGCACGAGAAGAAGCACAAAAAGCAGAAAAGACACGAGGACGACAAGGAGCGCAAAAAGCGGAAAAAGGAGAAAAAGCGCAAAAAACAGCGCCACAGUCCGGAGCAUACGGGGGCGAGCGGUGGUGGUGGGGGUGGUGGUGGUGGUGGCGGUGGCGGAGGCGGUGGAUCAGCAUCGAUACCACCGCAAACGCAGGUCUAUUAGCCAACCAACGAGCGCCCCCCCUAAACACACUCACACACACAGGGAAACAUAAGACACAAAGAUGUAGGUGUGUGUGUGGGAAGGAUAGGUUAGAUAUUGAAACGGAAGCCGCGAAUCCGAUAACCGGACCGUUAAAGGAUCGAGCUGCGGGAAUCGAUCGUCUCAAAAAAAAACAAAAAAUCUGUAUAAAAAUCGUCGACAGCUAGAGAGCCGGCAUACCAAGGUGGGAUUUGCUCCGUUGUUUUUGUUUUCCUUACAAAUUUGCCUUCCUUUACCGUAUCCGGUGCACGCACCAGCAGCCCGACCAGCUCCCGAUCCGACCACCGCCAUUGCCUACGAUAAAAUUAGUGCCAGAAAGCGAAAUUCUCGCUUUCGAUAUCUGUAUUGCUAGGUUGCUAAUGGGGGUUCGAGUGUCGGACGAGCUGGCGGAUCCAUCCAUACGGGAGUGCUCGGGCGGAGCAAAAGGCUCCCAAAAUUAGAAGCGUCCCCAACAAACACAAGCCUCUCCCCAGCGAUUCUGAUAAAAAUGUUUUUGUUUUGUUAAAUAUGUAAAAAAAAUGUGUCCGCUCUGUGCGCUCCCUCAUUGCCCCGAGGGGGGGGGGGGGGGGGGGAGCGGUGUUUCUUCCUUACCCCGUUCGAUACGUAAACUACGCCUUUGUGUUUUUUUUCCCCUAUUCCCCUAGCAACACCCUGUAUAUUAGUUGUAUUUUGUAAGACAGCAAACAAUACAAACAAACAAACAAAUCCAAUAAUACGUUAAGGAAAGUGCGGUGAAAAGAAGGGGGGUGUGAGCGGAAGGGGGGAGAUGCAGGUAAACAAGCAAACAAAAACGUUGGUGGAAAAAGGGAUCUGAGAAAACCCCGCGCACGCACACCAGAUAGGAAAGGGGGACGAGAGGGGGGGGGGGGGGGGUGUUAGAGUAAACGGGAUGUUUGUAUGGGGGGAGUUAGGAGAUGAUAAAAAUGGUUUAAAGUGGUAAUUGAACCAUUUUUGCGGUUUGCAAUAUCAGGUGCCUGGACGACGGGUUGAACGGGGUGUACAGAGAUGCAGAGUGGGGAAGGAGAAUGUGAGAAGCCGCCGGACAUUAGUAGAAAUAGAUGGAAAACCACCCCUAAACACAUUACACAUACUAAUCAAACAGACAAAGAAGCAUGAUGGUGGUGUGAACAGACGCAUGAGAAAGGAUCAAGAAGAAAUGUAAAC